GCUAAGUAAAUUCUUCAGACUAAAUUACAAAUAUUAUUAAUUAUUCACGUUUCUCCCAAUUAUUAUUAUUAUUAUAAAAAUUCACAUACUGUGUCUCAAAACCGAGUGAGCUUGCCAACCGAGUUGUUAUUUUGGAAACCCAGGCACACCUCUGUUUAUGCCAUUAUACACGUAGCUGUGUGUGCAAAUCUCCAAAAUAUUUCUAGGUGGGGAGCCGACAAGGUUUAAGACAUAGCCAUAAUGUCAUGUUGUCCUCAAACAGACAUAAUAAUGUCUCACUGGAUCUGCUGUAACUCCUGCUUCAUGUCAUCUGGAUCUGAACGUCAACUGGCUGUCACAAACUGCGGUCACAUCAUAUGUAAUGUUUGCUUUCAGAGAGGAAAGCAAGGAUUGUGUCUUAUUUGCAAAGCAAAGUGUCAGAUCUCCCCCCUGUCUGAUAAAAGCAGCACAGAGGUUCAGGCACUUUUCUCAGAUAUCAACACAGUUGCAGUCAAGUAUUUCUCAGAGAUUAGCAAGGUUUUGCAAUUCCAAGCAAGACAUCAGAAAAGAUUACUGUCUCAUUAUCAGCAGAAGAUGGAGAGAAUGAAGGAGACUGGACUGAAAAUGCAGCAAGAGAUGCAGCAAGAAAUGCAGAAAAUGUCUAAAAAAAUUACAGAGCAGAAUGCUUACAUUUCAAAGUUAGAGAUGACUCUUCAACAUCAAAGGCUGACAUCACAGUCCAAACAAGAUUUGCAAUCGGCAAGUCAUCUGACAACAAGAGCAUCCUCGAUUACAAAAAUCCCAUAUUCCUCUCCACUCCCAAUGUCAAGGAAGUUAUCCACCUCCGGUUUAGCUGAAGGAAUAGAAAUCAACACCAGGGGGCUCUCUAACAAACCGGAAGUCUCGGGCAGAAUUACUCUCAUGAGAUCCCCGCAAAAUGCAUGCAUAGGUUCGGUACCUGUCCGAGCAUCCACUCAAAGCACUAUGGGCAGCCAUUCAGCACCAUUCAGUGGCACUGUCAGUAGGGAAUUCUCCAGUGGUCUACGGGAACCUAUGAUGAGUCCAUCCCAUAAUGUGGCCUACCGCAGAGAGUCACCAUGGGAGACGCCUGUGUUCAAACUGCCCUCAGCCUACAAAUACCCCUCUGUGUCCUCUCUAGGACCCCCUCCAUGAUGUAACAUCCAGCCUGUUGCACAAAACAGCCACUGACGUGUAAUGGACUCAUUCGUAUGAUGGUGUAAUGCAUUAAUAUUGCCUCUCUCUGUGUGCGUGUGUGAAGCAAUAGACGUCUGUGCUGUUGUUUCCAUAAAUGUACCGUAGUAAUUAAUCACAGAUCUUUGUUGAUGAGUUUGUGAGUGUGAAUUUUAAUAUGACAUUUUGUGCAUGACGUACACGGUGUCAGCAGCAUGUGCUAUUAAUCAAAUCCAAUAUGUUCUCUGCUGUGUGUUUUCCUCUUAACACGCUGAUGC